GCAGAGCACACGGCUGGUUAGGAUUCGUUUAGACUUAAAAAAAAAAGGAAAAUAUUGGUGCAGAUUGAAUUAGUUGAAUGGCCUGUUUCUGUGCUGUAAUCCCGCGGCUCCCUUAAAUAGCUCCACACACAAGACAGAAUACCUGACCAUUCUCACCAUAUGAUGGACACAGGGAGGUAAACAAACGAAGGAGACCAGGAGAGGAACAGAGACUUCAUAGUAAAUGAACGUCUGUAAACAUGUUCCUUCUUUCCACGCCCUGAAAGAAAAACGAGGGCGAGAGAUGCCGCUUGUCCAUCGCCAGUGGGUGAAAAUCGCAGACAUGUCAUGCUGGGUGUGAAGGGUUAGGGGGCGAUUACGGACUACGCCAAUUACUCACUGUGCUGACUGCAUAACUUGAGGGGCGGAAGUCAGGGCAAGAGAGGCGUGAGUAAUCUCUCCCUCUAAAUACAGAGGAAAGUAACCUUUAUAGAGCUUUAAGAUGAAAGAAUACAGUACUCACCUGUAGUACAAUUUACAAAUCACAGUGCUGAACAUUACAGUACACGUGCACAUGGAGACUACACAUGCGCAGUGAACAGACAUUUGCAGUGCAUGCUUUCUUCGAGGAAAAGAGGACAAAACUUUUUUUAUGGUUUCUGAAGAAUUUUAUAAAGUUAGCAGAUGGCAGAUUGUGUGAGUAAGGUGGAACUAAGCAUUUCCUGCGAAAAUCUGCUGGAUAAAGAUGUUUUCUCUAAAUCUGAUCCACUGUGUGCACUCCUUCUAAAUACUGGUGGAAAUCAAUGGGUUGAGAUUGGCCGUACAGAAAUGGUUAAAAACUGCCUUGACCCAAAAUUUUCGAAGAAAUUUCUGAUAGAUUAUUACUUUGAGCAAGUACAGAAAUUGAAAUUUGGAGUUUACGAUAUUGACAAUGAAACUUUUGAUCUGGGCGAUGAUGAUUUCCUGGGAGAAUUUGAAUGCACUCUGGGCCAGAUUGUCUCCAGCAAGAAGUUAACCAGACCCCUUGUGCUGCAUAAUGGGAAACCUGCGGGAAAAGGAACAAUCACGAUUUUUGCAGAAGAAGUAAAAGAUAACCGAGUGGUCAACUUUGAAGUUCAAGCACGUAAGCUGGAUAAAAAGGAUUUUUGGGGGAAAUCAGACCCUUAUUUGGAAUUCUGCAAACAGACGGAAGAUGGAAAAUGGCAAAUGGUGCACAGGACAGAGGUCAUAAAAAGAAAUUUAAAUCCCACUUGGAAACCAUAUAAAAUUCCUUUGCAAUCACUGUGCAAUAGUGACUUGCAGAAGCCAAUCAAGGUAACCUGCUAUGAUUAUGACAAUGAUGGAUCACAUGAUCUAAUUGGAACAUUUGAAACAAAUAUGGAGAUGUUGCAAAUGGCAUCACAGAGUUCACCAGCAGAGUUUGAGUGUAUUAAUCCAAAGAAGAAGCAAAAAAAGAGAAGAUACAAAAACUCCGGAAUAGUGAGUUUUAAAUUAUGCCAGAUUGUGAAAGAGUACUCUUUCUUGGACUAUAUUAUGGGUGGCUGUCAGAUGAACUUCAUUGUUGGUAUUGACUUCACAGGCUCGAAUGGAGACCCUCGUAAACCCGACUCUCUACAUUAUAUAAGUCCUAAUGGAUUUAAUGAAUACCUGAUGGCAAUCUGGUCUGUUGGAAUGAUCAUUCAAGACUACGAUACAGACAAGUUGUUCCCAGCGUUUGGAUUUGGUGCACAGAUACCCCCUAAUUGGCAGGUAUCACAUGAAUUUCCACUUAAUUUCAACCCUACCAAUCCAUUCUGUGCAGGAGUGGAGGGGAUAGUUGAUGCCUAUCGAAACUGUCUGCCUCAAGUCAAACUCCAUGGACCCACAAACUUCUCGCCCAUUAUAAACCAUGUGGCAGGAUUUGCAGCUGCAGCAGCACAGCAGCCAAUAGCGUCACAAUAUUUCAUCCUCCUGAUCAUCACUGAUGGAGUGAUCACAGACUUAGAUGAUACAAGACAGGCCAUUGUUAAUGCUGCUAAGUUGCCAAUGUCCAUCAUCAUUGUUGGUGUUGGUGGAGCAGAUUUCAGUGCCAUGGAAUUUCUGGACGGUGAUGAAUGUGUUCUUAAAUCACCUACUGGGGAAAUAGCUAUCCGAGAUAUUGUCCAGUUUGUACCGUUCAGAAAGUUUCAUAAUGCAACAAAAGAAGCUCUUGCACAAAGCGUACUGGCUGAAUUGCCUCAGCAAGUGGUGUGCUACUUCAACACACGCAAACUUCGUCCUCCAAACGAGCCUAAUCCUUAAGUGCUCUGAAUUCAUGGCCAAAUGUUUGUAAUACACUACAUCAAAUAAAUCUAUACUUUUUCUUCUAAUUAAAUUUAGAAAUGUAUGCAUUAACAAACACUGUAUUAUAUUACAUAUGAAUUUUUUCCUAGUUUUAAAAUUAUUUAAAAUAGUUUAUUGCAUUAUAUAUAUUUUGUAUGUGAAUUUAAAGCAACUUUUUUGUUGCAAGAAGUCGAAACAAUCCAGUAAAAAUCAAUGAGGUCAAACCAUUGAAUCAUAAUCACUUACCAGUUGCUAUCAGUGUAAAAUUGUUCAUUGUCUUUGAUAAUGUUUUAGUAAUGCUUAAAGAAACAUUUUUUGUUAGCCUCCAAUACUUUUUACAAUUUUUUUUACUGUUGUUUUGAAUGAUAAUUCAAAUUUUGGAUUUUUGGAUUAUAUGCCUGCAUCCGGCACCAAAGUAUACAGCAGUUUUUAAUGUUUAAUUCUAAAAUUGAGAAUCGUUUGCAUAUCAUGCUUCAUAUUAUAGAAUCAUGUAAUUGUAUUUUACUACUGGUUUUACAUUUUUUAGGUUUAAUAACUAAGAUAUAAUGAAGUAAAGCUAAAAGUAAUUAUACUGUGGGUGAGGUUGUCGAACCCAUGAUGUGUGUAUAUGAUGCCGUUUUUAAAAUUGGUGAUGUAAUACUAAGUGGACUUAGGCCUGGAUUUUUGCAAUGAUGGAGAGCCUCUCUGUCAUUGCAAAAGUGGCAGAAGAUGUCCGGAUCCAGAAGUCUUGCCUCCAAACAUGGCACCUACUAUUUUUGCAGGGGCUGUCAUGGGCCCAGAUAGGGGUUCGUGUGCAUGCAUUUCGUGGAGGCAGCAGUCCCCAGUUGUGUCGUUUUGAUGCAGCCCGAUGUGCACAGAUUAGACCUGAAAGGAGCGGGUCUGAACUUAUGAAUUUGUUUGGAUAGCCUGGGUACCCUCUGGGGAGUUCAGGUCCACUUUUGGGGAAGUCGGGUGCCCUUUGGGAUUCCUAAAAGUAUGCAUAAAUGUGUGUAAAGUGCAUAAACUUGUUGGAAUUGUGAAACUCAUUGGAACUGUCAAAAACAACUAUCAAAAGCAUCAAGAUGAACUAUCAAAGGGAGCCAUCACACUGCCAAGACAUUUAAAAAUUUACCCUUUAGCUCUUUGAAAUAAACUGUCUUGAGUGUUAAUAAAAUGAUUAUUUGCUAUUUCA